AUCAGCUGUGGCAAGUUCAUUUGUUUACGGAGUAAAGCUGCAUCAAUAUCGGCAAAGACUGGACUAGUUUUAUCAACCUGUAGGCAAAUAAAUAAUGAAAACAAGAACCCACUAAACAACACACGCCAUCACAAACGCUUAGCCAUGCGCGAGCCCAACUUGUACGUCAUAUUAUCGCACGCGCUAAUUGGCUCGGGUUUCUUUUUCCUGUACAUGCACCAUGUGCGCGUCAUCUUCGAGACGCGAACCAACAUACGGCAUCUCAACCAAUUGGAGAGCGAAUCGAUGUUGCGCCGCGAAGAUGCCCUUUAUUACACAUUCUACAAGAAGCUGACCGACGGUCCAACGUUCUGGCAUGGCUACGAGCAGCUAAAGAAUGUCACCGACAUUGAAUAUCCACACAGCGUCAAUGUGCUGCAGCGUUUCUAUGUGCUGCCCGAACUGGUAACUGCCUACUUCUUUCACAUUGUCCGCGCCGGCUUUAAUCCGAGCCUACAGCCCAUGGAGUUCUACUUUGAGUUCGUCUGGCUAAUGGGUGGCGUCACGCUGCUUGUGCUCUAUCUGUAUGGGACGCUGCUAAGCGAAAAUGUGUUUGGUGGCAUCUACGGCGUCAUCUCCUAUUUGAUGUUCCACAGCUUUGCAGCCAAGAUCUAUGAACGUCCAAUGGCGCGUGAGAAUUUCGCGUUUCCAUUUAUAUUUCUGCAGAUGUUUUAUUUGUGUAUAUGCAUUGGCCGUGUACUUCACCGUCAGAAGCACUCCUCGCGCGUCUUUAUGAUAUUCGUGAUGGCGAUGUUUACGGCGUGUGCGCUGCUCUCGUGGCAAUUCUCCAACUUUAUAUUCACAACACAAAUUUUAAUUGUAAUGACUUCGUGGAACAUCGGCUCAAUGCCAGCUGGCCUGGCAAAUUCAUUCGCAUUGGAUUACUCACUGUCACACCUGCUGGGCAAUUGCCUGGCCUUUGUGCUCUCGCAUGGCAACAGCCAGCUGCUUUUCACCUGGCAGCUGAGCGUUGCACUUAGCUUGUUCCUGAUUACGGUUGUUCGGCAAUUACGCAAUCGGCGCUGCACGAACGAUCUGCUGCAAGGCGACUAUUUCUCGUUUAAGUUAAUAUUGCUAGCGCUACUGUUUGCCUGCAGUAUGCAGGGUAAGCUUGUGGAUAUGCUAAGCAAGUCCGGACUGCUCAACUGGCAGGACAACACGUAUAUGCACUAUUGUGACCUGUGGGCGCACUGGAUGCUGCAGGCAAAGGUGAGCUUUGUGACCAAUUUGUCAGCAUGUAAUCCGCUCUAUGCACGCGUCGCCUGGUCGGAACUAUGGCAGCUGGUGAAGACAUUAAUUGUGAAGCCAUAUUGCAUGUAUGGCGUCGUUAUGCUGGCCAUGUUCUUUCGCAAAUGGCGCAAAAGUAAUGUUCCAUCAGCGGCUAAUCAGGAGCAACGCGAGCGCGCUCGUAACUAUGUGCUAGAGGAUUUUCUCGAAGAGCACCAUGUAUCCAUGAGCGAUAUGUCCAACAAGCAAACCGAACAGCAGCUGCAGCAGUGCUUCGCAAUGCUCGAAAGCUGCGAUCACAACUAUGACCGCUAUAAGCGCGAAAAGGCCAAAAUGCAACAGGAGCAGCCGGCGGCGCGCGACGACUUUAUGCAGGAUAUUAAGCGCCUCAAGGCUCAGAUACAUCGCAACAGUGACAAACAGCGCAAGGAACGCGAACAAGCCAGCGAACCAAAUCUCAAAGAGACGGCUCCAGUGGCAACUGAAAUGAGGACGCAAACUGCAAUUGAAACUGAUACAGAAAUAGAAACCGAAAUCGAAACGGCAACGAAAACGGAAACGGAAAAGGCAACUUCAGACACAACUGAACCAGAAGUGGAUGAAACGUUACCGUCCACCAAGGCGCCAAGCAAGGAGGCGACGAACGGCAAACGACGACAUACGCGUCGCGAUUCUGUGAUGCCCACGGCCAAUGGUCAGAUAUUAAAUCUGCAUUACAUGUACAGUUUCAUGCAGAUGAUUGUCUUCACACUAAUUGGCCUGACCGUGCGCAAGCUCUUCUUUCUCAGCUUCACUCAGGGCUGUGUUAUAGCGCCCACGGUAUGCUCAAAGAUUUGGUACCAUCGACAACGCAAUAUCUUUUGGUCUGUCUCUCUGGCCGUCUUCAUGCUUAGCAUGUUUGAUCCGGGCAUGGUUAACAUACGUGAGGAGUAUUUUCCCACACGCCACACCCAACCGUCAGAUGAUCUGGAAGGCAUGCUUGAGUGGAUCAAGUUAAACACAGAACGCGAUGCAGUAUUUGCAGGGCCCGUAGAGAUAAUUGGCACCGUGCACCUGACCACCAAGCGGCCGAUAGUAAAUCAUGCGCAUCUCGAGAUGCGUCAAAUGGCUGAACGAACGGAGCAUGUCUACUCGGUGUACAGUCGCCAGCAAUCAUCGGAAAUUUACAAUCAAUGCACACAACUGAAAAUCCAAUACUUAAUCAUAUCUCUGGACGAGUGCAGCAACGAAGUGCAGGAUGACUGCGACAUCUUGUCCAUUUGGGAUGAUAAGCAGCCAGCCUUUCGCAAAUAUCCGCAAUUUUGCCACGAGCUCCUGAACAAGAAUGUGCCCAGCUUUUUGAAGGUUUAUGCCAACGAAAACUAUGGCAUCAUUAAGAUGUUCUCCCAAAGUGUGCAGAUCAAUUUGAAGCACAACAAAAUGCCCGAAAUGUCCAUGUGAGACAGACAAUAGGCCCAACCAAAUGUAACUAUGGGCUACAAGGCAAAUGUGACUAGUAUAUUUUAAAAGUAUAAUUAACUGUAUUAGUGUUUAGUAGUGGGUGAGUAGGCGUACACAGAUACCCUCUAAAUGAAAUGUUGACACCAAAAACCAGCUAAAACUAAACAAGUUAUUAAAAAAUAUAAAAUAUGUUUUAACAGAACAUAAACACACAUAAGUAAAUGUGUGUAUAUGUUAUCUACAUGUGUAUGUAAUUAUUUACAUACAUUGCCUUGCAUUUAAGACGCGUACGACUUUUGUUCUGUUAUAUUCAGAUUUUAUUUGGAAUGCAUUCCCCUUCCAUUAUAUUUGCGUGUACGGUUUAAGUUAAGUUUAGCUAUUGAUUCGACUAUAUAAUUCGCGAGUUUCGAAGCUGUAGGUGCUUCAUCCAUUUCGCGCGUUAAGUUUAAACUAAGCUUUUUACAUAUUACAAAUAAGCCACACAGACACAGACAUCCGUUGGGUGUUCAUAUUUAUGUAUGUAUAUGUAUGCAUUUGGUCCCUGCUAAAAAGAGAAUGAUGACCUCCGAGAGUAUAAAUUAUAGAAAAGCUCCUGAAAUAAAAUUUAACACAUACAAAUUCAA